AUGGGCAGCCUCUAUGCGCAAGUCUGUGGUGGCGGGACCGCGACGACGCUGGACAAGAAGGCGGUGGAAGAAUGUAUCGACUGCACGACGACUUAUCAGAUUGACAAGACUACGAAACAGAAGGUAUGA